AUGGCAUCAGUUACUCGAAAAAAGCUUGUUGUUGUUGGAGAUGGCGCGUGUGGAAAAACAUGUCUUCUAACCGUCUUCUGCAAAGGAGAGUUCCCCAGUUUAUAUGUUCCGACGAUUUUUGAAAGUUUUGUUUCGGAGAUGCAAAUUAAUAAUAAGCGUGUUGAACUAAAUUUGUGGGAUACAGCUGGGCAAGAAGAUUAUGAUCGACUACGUCCACUUUCUUAUCCUGACACAAAUGUCGUCGUGCUUUGUUUCAGUGUAGACAAUCCUGACAGCUUGGAUAAUAUCAGCACAAAAUGGAUGCCUGAAGAAUUUUUUGCCAAACAUCCCUGUAAUACUUGUUGCAAACAAAAAAGAUUUAAGAAAUGA